GUCACUGUUUAUAGAUUUAAACCUAUGACUCGGAUGUGACUAACAUAUUAAGUAAACAACAAAACAUGUCACGACAUUUAUUUUACCGAGCUGCAGAUAUUGUUCAACUCAUCAGGUUGACAGCAAGGUCUCUUUGCACGCAAAAUCCGAAGGAGCAUCUGACUCUCAGACAGCAAAUCAAUGGAAUAAGGAGUAUUGUCCUGAACAACCCUAAGAAGAGAAAUGCCCUGUCCCUGUCCAUGUUGGACUCCCUGAAAGAUGACAUUCUGGCUGACAACAGUGAUGACCUCAGAGUCAUAAUCAUAUCUGCUAAAGGACCUGUGUUCUCCUCUGGGCAUGACCUGAAGGAGCUGACAUCAGCACAGGGCAGAGAUUACCACACUAAGGUGUUUCAGGCCUGCUCCCAGGUUAUGACCCUGAUUCAAGACAUUCCCGUGCCUGUGAUUGCCAUGGUGAAUGGGGUUGCCACAGCAGCUGGAUGCCAGCUCGUCGCCAGCUGUGAUAUCGCCGUAGUGACGGACAAGUCCAGCUUUGCCACGCCAGGGGUCAACAUUGGUCUCUUCUGCUCUACGCCAGCCGUCGCUUUAGGAAGAGCUGUCCCCAAGAAGGUAGCCAUGGAGAUGCUGUUCACAGGAAACCCAAUAUCAGCCCAGGAAGCUUUGCUGCACGGGCUGGUCAGCAGGGUUGUUCCAGAAGAACGUCUAGAGGAGGAGACAUUAGCCAUCGCACGGCGUGUCUGUCAGGCCAGCAGGCCAGUCGUUGCCCUUGGCAAGGCAACCUUCCACAGGCAGAUGGCCCAGGGGAGGGACGCAGCCUACGCCACAGCCUCUCGUGUCAUGGUGGAUAACCUGGCUCUCAGAGACGGACAGGAGGGAGUACGGGCCUUCAUAGAGAAACGGAAACCUGUUUGGACAAACAAAGCCGAGAAGGCCCAUGAGUGACGUCUGCUAGACUGGCCUACAGGGCCAUGUGAGGGGCCUGCAGCCCCCGGAAUAGAUGGUGUGAAGUGGUGAACCUGCCCUCAACUGGACCUGAAACCACCACAGAACACACACGCUUGAGGGGGACAUUUUGAAGUUAAUUCCCUGCUAAUUGUUAUUAUAUGAUGGGGAUGGAUCAUGUAUGGCUGUCUUCUUCAGUGCCCUCAGGAAGGAACUGACAGUAGGUGAAAAGGUAGACUCACUUGAUGUGGGGUUUCUAGAACAAAUUGGGCACUUCUUGUUGAAAAAAGUGCUUGGUCUGAGACAGAAUGUAAAUGUUUAAUGUGUAUAAUCAAAAGUAAUAAAUUUAGUUCAGAAUUUAAGCCAAUCAGCUGAUAAAUAUGUACAGUGGGGAGAACAAGUUUUUGAGACACUGCUGAUUUUGUAUAAUACCAUUACAUUACUCUAUGCAUUUGCACUUUCCUAUCACAUGAGGGCACUAUUGUACAUCAAAGCAAAGGUUCUGACAAUAUAAAUAUUUAACGU